CUCUCUGCUCACUCUCUCGUCUCCACUCCAGCACCGCCUUUUUCCGCGCGAGCAAGGAAAUCUUAGGCCGUCAGAAGACGAUGGGCCACUACAAAAGAGCGUCCAAGCAGCUCGUCGGUCUGCCCGACCUGGAUCGAGGCUGGGAGGAGACACAGGCAAAGACGUUUUGCAAAUGGCUCAAUACGAAGCUAGAGUCCCGGUCCAUCCCACCAAUGGUGUCGCUGGCGACGGAUCUCUCAGAUGGUGUCAGGUUGAUAGAGCUCAUGGAGAUUAUGGGCGACACCAGUCUGGGGAGGUUCUACAAGCAGCCGAAGAUGCGAGUCCAGAUGGCCGAGAAUGUCAACAAGGCCCUUGAAUUUAUCAAAAGCAGAGGCGUCGUCUUGACCAACGUUGGAGCUGAAGACAUCGUGGACGGCAACUUGAAACUCAUCCUGGGCAUGAUCUGGACUCUCAUCCUGCGAUUCACCAUUGCCGACAUCAGUGAGGAAGGUGUCAACGCAAAGGAGGGUCUGCUGCUCUGGUGCCAGCGCAAGACGGCGCCAUACAAGGAGGUCGAUGUCGUCGACUUUUCGCACUCGUGGAAGUCUGGCCUGGCUCUCUGUGCCCUUAUUCACCGGCAUCGACCGGACCUGCUCAAUUACGAUGCUCUCGACAAGACCGAUCGACACCGCUGCACGAAGCUGGCCUUUGAUGUAGCUCAGCAGCACCUUGACAUUCCCCAGCUUCUCGACGUCGAAGACUUGUGCGACACCAAGAAGCCUGAUGAGCGGUCCGUCAUGACGUACGUCGCCCAGUACUUCCACGCCUUCAGCUCCAUGGAGCAGGCAGAGGCCGUCAGCCGUCGAGUGGCUGCCUUUGCAGAUGUUAUGCACGGCGCCUGGUUGAUGCAGCAAGAUUACGAACGCCGUGCAAUGGCGCUUCUCAAGUCGAUGGCCGAGGCUCAAGCCGCAUGGGCGUCGGCGACGUUUGCCGGGACUUAUGCCGACGCCAAGCGGCAACUGACGGACUUCAAUGCAUACAAGGGCGCCACGAAGCGGGUCUGGGUCAGAGAGCGGACGGACCUCGGUGCGCUGCUUGGCAACAUCCAAACCAAGCUCAAGACCUACCACCUCCGCGAAUGGCUCCCUGCCUUGGGCCUGCAGCAGCACAACAUCGAUGAUGCCUGGCUGAAGCUCGCUUCGGCCGAAGCAACGCGCAGUAGAAGCAUCAAUGCAGAGAUACGAAACGCAAAGGAGACGUUGCGAAGGAGAUUUGCUGGCCUGGCCAAUGGCUUUGAGGCACGGUUGCGAGAGAUUGGCGCAGCGACAGCCACACUUGCCGGCGACCUCGAGGGUCAGAGAGCUCGCGUCAAGGCGCUGCAGGGAGACCUGGUGCCUCUUGGAGAAGAGUUACGGCAGCUGGAGGCUGUCGAGAACCAAUGCAAGGAAGCCAACGUGGAGGAGAAUGACCACACCGUCUUCACGCUUGAUGAUCUCGUUUUCGAGCUGGAGCUGGUGACGACGAGCGUGGCCAAGAAGCUGGCCUUCAUCGAAAACCAAAUCGUCUCACGGCAACACACGAACCUGACGCCGGCCCAGCUCGAAGAAUUCGAGAGCACAUUCCGCUACUUUGAUAAGGACGCCUCCAACACACUCACCCUGGCUGAAUUCAAUGCCGCAUUAGCUAGUCUGGGCAUCGUCUACGUCGACGAGGACGUCGAGCAGAUCUUCCUGCAGCUCUGCGAACAAUUUGGAUCCGUCUCCUACGACGCCUUCCUGACCUUUUUGCGCGAGAUUUCAGAGGACUCGACAAGCCCCGACCAGCUCCUCGAAGCAUUCCAGGGCUUGGCGGCCGACAAGCCCUACCUCACCGAGCUGGAUCUUCGCAAUGCUCUGCUGCCUCAGGAGUCAAUUGACUAUCUCACACAGGCUAUGCCCCAGACCCAAAUCGACGGUCUUGAAGAGGACGCCUUUGAUUACGACUCCUACCUGACCAAUCUCUUUGCCGAGAACAGCAUGAUGGGGUAAUGCGUGUGCUCUUCCUCUCUCCCUUCUCUUUUCUCUUUCUCUCCUCUCCACUCCUCUUCUCUGCUAUUCAGUCAGGGACUUCUUUUCUCUCCUCGGUCCCUUGGCAAAACUGUGUUAUAGUCCACUCCCUCUGUCAUAACAUUAAUGACGACAUUCAACCUAAA